AUGGCAGGCUGGCGCCUGGAUUGGCCUUUGACGAGAAGGCGGCAACAAUGGACGCGGUCUGGGACAGCACAUCGCCACACCGAGCCCAGCACAUCGAAUGCAAAGCAUGACUCGGCGCACAAAGAGCCUCUAGAACCUAUGUCGUCCUUGAAAGAGACGAACAUGAAUUGGAUUCACGAAGUUCAGACGCUUCCAGCCUACGAUAAAGGACUCAUGACCCGCAACACAUGUAUCGGCGGACUCAUCUUCAGCUGGCUCGUAUCCAUCGCCUGCGUUACUCUCGCACAUUGGACUUUCCAAUCCGGCCAACUGUUCCGUACUCAAAAUGGUGGUUACACCCAUAACGGGCAAGGCGAACGCGUCUUUUUCCUGAGCACACUGUUCUUAUCCUCGACCAGUGCCGAAAAGAAGGGGUUCGUUCUCAAUGGCAUCGCUAUUUCGGCGCUUGGUAUUGGCAUACUUGGUCAGGCUAUGAUCUCUACCCUCUGCCUCUGGGGUUCUCGAAAGCUCAUACCGACAUGGAGUUCAAACCCCCUCAAUACCGCUCUCACGUGCCUACAUCAUGGGAUGCGCAGCGUUGAUGGUCGCUGCAUGCUUAGUGUUCACCAAACCGACUGGGCAUCAAUGCCUGAGAAGCCUCUCCCCACCCAAGCUUCAGCACGGCGUGCUAUGCCCUCAAUCAGACAUAUCACCCGUUUCCUUUGGGCGUUUGUCGCUCUCGUAAUAGUCUGGGGCAUUGCCGUAGGGUCAAACCCAUACUUUCGAAAGACCUCAUCGACUACCCUGCCUCUCUACGGCGAGUCCGUCCCUGUCCUGGAACUCAACCUUUGCGCCCUACUCAUCACAACUUCUCUGCAAAUUUUUCUGACUCUGUCGCUUCAUCUCACCGAACUCCUUGUAAAUCUGUCCCGCGACGAGCACAUCUGGCGCCUUGCCACCAGUAAGACGGGGACACAGCGUUCCUUCGGCCCUGUCGGGUCCUUGAAAACUGCAAUCUCUAGCUGGCAAACCGUCCUCCUUUUCACACUGAAAUCACUUGCUUACUGGUUAUUCGGCUUGGCUGUGAACUCCGACGGCCAAAGUGUGUAUAUGAACUGGGUAGGCAUUCUCCUACUACUUGCUGGAGUAGGUGUCGUGGCCGCCUUUGGAUCGUUUCUGGCCUGGAGCCAGAGAAGCGGCUCGCAGCCGGCCACUUUUGGGCAUUUACAGACACUGGUCAAUUUGAUGGACGAUUGGUUUGAAGAGGGAGAGAAUGUAUGGUGGGGCGAUAAGGGCGUUGCAAAGAAUACUACGGUUGGUGGUCAUGGAAUGGUCAGGCAUGCUGGGACCUCCAAUGUCUGUCUCCAGGGUGUCAAGAUGGAUGCUCUGUACCAGUGA